AUGUCGUAUCUCGCCACCCGGGGGAUUCGUCCCUUGUUUAGGCAUUUUGGUUCAUCGCAUGUUCGGAUUUUGAACGCAGACAGUCUAUGUUGCGGCAUUCUGAGGACAAAACGAUUCCUUUAUGCGCAACAUAAACUUCAAAAUGAUAAUGUACAAUUGGAUGCAUUCUUUGAUCGUGGUGGUUUGGAGCGUGCAACUCCCUCAGGGGUGCCCACCUUGAUGCCUCCCCGUGACGGUACCCCUCUGCGCUGUACUGAAGAUCAAUGGUUAUAUUGCCCGACGCGUUCUGAAGUAGAUAUGUUUUUGGAGUCAUCUCCAUUGCCCGAUAAGCCGAUAAAUCUGGAAGGCAGCGUGGUCGUCCGUCUGGUUGACUUGGAUGCUGGCGUGACGUCACCUGUUGGCCGUUCAGUGUUUUUUAGCGAAUAUGGUAUACGCCGCGGUGAGUGUCUACAUAUAUUGUUGUUUGGAUCGUUUGUCUGCACAGUUUUGUGUUCUUUGGGUUACUGGCAGCUCCGUCGGCGUGCGUGGAAGAUGGACUUGCUGAAUACCCGUAGUGUCGCCCUUUCGCAACCUACGGUCAAGCUACGAUCGUUUGCGGAGAUAGAAGAUGCUCUCGGCGUCAGUGAUGAAUCGGGUGCUUCUGCAGAAUACCGUUGUGUCGAGUGCACAGGUGUCUUGGACUCCAGUUGCACGAUGCUGGUUGGUCCACGUCCUCCAUUGUACGGUUCUUAUGGAAGUUCUUCCGGUUAUUAUGUGAUUCGGCCUCUGAGAUUUCGUGACGGUUCAUGUGCACUAGUUAACCUUGGCUGGUUGGACAAUGAGAGUUUGCUUCACAAUUACGUAUGUCCUGAGCUUGUGACUCUACGGGGUGUUGUGGUACGGGACGACAUAGGCGAAUCUUUGAUUUCAUCUCUUAAGCUGAAUAUUGUUCGUAAGUAUCACGAUCUGAUGUCACUGUUCGGUUACAAGCUGCCUCCUGCGAAUGUGUCAGUCAAUCGCCCCCGGCGUUUGCUUCAUGAUGAUUCACGUAAGGUGUUCAGGUACGUAGACCCUAUAAGCAUGUCAAAGGAGGUGCAUUCAAUGUCACCAGUGAUAACAGGAAGGUAUGUGAUCAAUGCAUACGACGUGGUGUACCACGAUGACAUGACGGAAUCCUCUAUUUCUCCGUCACCCACGGAACAUCGUUUCAAGGCCAAUUCACGCGCUGGGAUCAAUGCCACUACCACACAUCUUGGCUAUGAACGUCGUCAGAAGUCGGACCAUCUACUUUUUUAUGCGGAUCCGGACAAACAUUCAAACUAUGCGUAUCAGUGGUUUUUGAUGGCAGGUUCCAUCGCCAUGAUGUGCAUAUAUAAGCUAUACAGAGUGCGUCGAACGCUUGGAACUAUAUUAUAG